GUUUUGCAGACAGAGUCUUUAGCAUUGAAAAACCAAUUAACUAAUUCUGUUCAAGAAUGUCAAGUUCUUUCAACACAACUGAAUGAAAAAAAUGUGAAAUAUUUAGAAAUGAAGUCAACCAUCUCAAGAUUGGAUGAAGAAGUUACAUAUUUAGAAAAUACAAAAGCUAGCCUGGAAAUGGAGAGGGAUAGCAUCUCUUCCAGUAUGAUAGAGGAGCGAGAAAAGUUUCAUAACGAAUGUUCAGUACUGACAUCUUCAAUCUUAGAAUUACAGACCACAGUAACAAACUAUGAAGGCAAGAACAAUGUCUUGAAUAAAACUGUACUAGAACUGCAAUCUAAAAAUGCUCAUUUAGAAAAUGAUAUGAAUAUCAUUUCUUCCCAGCUAGAUGCUGAGAGAGUCAAGUCAGCAAAAAAGAAUUUUGAGCUUAAGUCGACCAUAUCUGCAUUGCAAGAAGAAUCUCAGUCAGAAAAAGACCAAUUGAAAAUGACCAUAUCUGCAUUGCAAGAAGAAUUUCAGGCAGAGAAAGACCUAUUGAAAAUGACCAUAUCUGCAUUUCAAGAAGAAUUUCAGGUAGAGAAAGACCAGUUGAAAAUGACCAUAUCUGCAUUACAAGAAGAAUCUCAGGCAGAGAAAGACCAGUUGAAAGCUGCCGUAUCAGAAUUACAGAACGACACCAUAGAAUUCAAAGAGAAAUUAGAUUACACUAAGCAAGAGUGUCAAACUGUUUUGUCUCAACUGCAUAAAGAAAGGGAGUCUCUAAACUCAUACAAAUUAGAAAACUCACAGAACUAUUUUGAAUAAAGAGAAAGAAGUAGCAGAUUUGAAAGCUGAAAUUAGAAAUCUAGCUAAUACUUUAGUGGAAUCAGAAUACAUUAGAAACGACCUUGAGAAAGGCUUAGCUGAUGAAAGGGAACAAUUCAAGAAAGAAUGCUCCGUUUUGAACUCAUCAGUAGCAGAACUGACGCAGAAGCUUGAGCACUGUGAGAAUGAGAGAAGUAACUUGAAUCAAACAAUACAGGAGCUCAAGACUAUGAUUGUCCAUUUGGAAAACGACAAGGAGGCUUUGUCAUCACAGCUGGAAGAAAACUGGAAACUAAUUAAAAAAAUAGAGCCUUUCAGAGAUGUCUUGGAUAAUUUUCAAAUGGAAAAAAAAUUCUUGUUGGAAACAGACAAAUAUACAAGUGAGCAAAUGGAAAGAUAGACCAAAGAAGCCAUUAAAAACAUGGGUCAUCAAAACCAUCGCCAGAAAGUCAAAUAUGUGGAGACUUUGAAAAAGAUUGCUCCGGUGGUUGCUACUACACAAUGCGACUCUUCCAAAAUGACAGACACCUGGCGAACCAAGAAUUCCUUUUAAAGGAAAAAAAAUGCUGUCUGAAUCUGAGUGCAUGUGCCCAGUAUGCAUUAGCUUACUCAUCCAGCCUGUAACAUUUCCCUGCAAUCACUCACUGAGUUUAAAAUGUUACAAGGAAACAGUGGAAAAAGCCAACCUCUCAUGUCCAGUCUGCAGGAAGCGCAUUUCAGUCUGGGCCAGAAAAGCUGCCAAGGAAAAUAAAUUGAUAAACAUGGAAAUGUGGAAAGACAUCCAAGAGGCCUUCCCUGAAAAAGUGAGGCGCAGGCUGGAAGCCAGUGAAGAAAGCAACAGUGAAGAUGAAGAAGAUGAUUUUGAAGCCCAGGAAAGAAGACAAAUUUCCUGUCCUGGAGAAAUCAGACAAGAAUAUGAAGCUGCUAUUCAGCAGAUUCAGCAAAAAAAGGACGAACAGGCAAAGAAAGAGGAGGAGGCCAGUAAAGUACUGUUUGAAGCUCUGCAACAGGAAGAAUUUUUGUCAGAGAAAGUGGAAAUAGAAGAGAAAGCACUGAUGCUUGAAAAGAAAAAGUCUAAAAAAAAUAGCCUCUUUCUGAAUCCAGUUGUCAGAUUAAAGAAGUGUUUAAAAGCAGAGGAUAUAGUGUUGAGUUGGAGAGCUAACAACUGUCUUCCUGACACUGAAACUUUCCAUGACUCUUCACAACUCACAGAAAACAGAUCAGCUAUACCUGCUGGCAAUAGUUCAGAAAAGAAUGAUGACCUUAGGUUUGCAACAAAAUUGCAAGAAUUUUUAGACUUAAUGGAUAAAAAAAGAAUAGUUGUGGGUAGGUCAAAAGGAUCCAGAAAUGAAUAUACUUUGCGUAGAAAGCAUAAAUGUGAUGAGUGACUGUUACAUUGUGUUGUUGAUUGUUAUAUGUUGGGUUGAGUUUUUUUUUUAUGUUUUAGUAAUGUUUUUGUUGUUGGCUACUUUCUUUUUGAUACUGUCACAUGACCCAUAACAGUCUGACCUUUUGCACUUACCUAAACUAUUGAAUGACAUCGUCAUACAAAAUAACAAUUUAAAAGAAAGAAUAAUUAUAAGUUAUGUUAUUUAUCAGCCUCUAGGCAUCAAUUUAUUGUUUAUGUCCAGAAUGUACAGAAUGCUGUGUAAACAUAUGAUGUUAUUCUAAACACAGACUUAUUGUUCUUGAGUUGUUGAUUCCAAGUGCUUCCUAUUCUAUCUAGAUCACAUGUUUUUGAAUUAUAUUGGUGUAUAUAUAUAUAAAUAUACAUUACAAUUUAUUGAUGAUUCUAUUUAUCCAUCAUUUGAAACCUUUCAUUUACUUUUUUUUACUGCUAAUUAACAAACAAAAUUUCUAAAUUUACAUGUAUGAUCUUUGCAUAGUCUAUGCCAAACAUUUACCCUGUAUUGUCAUGUUAUAUUUGAUAUUUUCAUGUAUUAAUUUACUGCCAAAGCCUUAAAGAGAAAUACAUUCAUUAAUCUCUGAAGGUAAAUUUAGCAUUAUUUGCUAAAACUUAGCAAUAAAACACU